AUGGAGUCUAGAGUACGUGACAUCCAUGAUAUACUUCUACGUGUGGGAGUGAAUGAUACACGCAUUCUAGGGAUCUAUGGAACUGGAGGAAUUGGUAAGACAAAUCUGUCUAAAGAAAUCUACAACACAUUUACUGACCAGUUUGAAAAUUGUUGCUUUCUUGCAAACGUGAGAGAAACUUCAAAGAGUGAGUAUGGUUUAAUUCAAUUGCAAUUUACACUUCUUUGCGAGAUCCUCGGUGACUGGAGUUUGAAGGUUAGAAAUGAAGAUGAAGGAAUGGGUCUCAUAAAAAAAAUGCUUUGGAGUAAAAGGGUUCUUUUAGUUCUUGACGACUUGGAUCAAUCAGUCAAAGUUGAAACCCUACUUGGAGGAUGUGAUUGGUUUGGUUUAGGAAGUUUAAUCAUUAUAACAACUAGGGAUGAAAAUUUAUUAACUAGUAAUAAUGUUCAUUUACGAUAUAAGGUGGAGGAAUUGGAUCGUGACGAAGCUCUUCAACUUUUUUGUUGGAAUGCCUUCAAAAAUAAAAAUCCUAGCCAUGAUUUUGUAGAAAUCACAAAAAAUGUACUCCAUUACGUUGGGGGCCUUCCGUUGGCCUUAACGGUGCUAGGCUCGGAUCUAUAUAGUAGGGACAUUCAUUAUUGGAUAAGUGCUUUAGAAAAGUACAAAAAAAUUCCUCCCAAAGAUAUUCUUAAAAAGCUUAGAAUAAGUUAUGAUGGCUUGGAUGAAAGUGAGAAGAGUAUUUUCUUGGAUAUUGCAUGUUUCUUUACAGGUGAGGAAGAAGAAUAUGUUACUAAAGUACUUGAUGGUUGUGGUUUCUUUCCUAAUUGUGGUAUGAAAGUUCUUGUGGAUAAGUCUCUCAUUACCAUUAGUGAGUGGGGCAGAUUAAUCAUGCAUGACUUACUCAAAGAUAUGGGUAGAGAAAUUGUUCGUCAAGAAUCACCCGAAGAACCUGAGAAACGUAGUAGGUUGUGGUUUCAUGAAGACGUUCGUCAUGUACUUGAAGAAACUAAGGGAACAAACAAGAUUCAAGGCAUAUUGAUAGAGUUUCCAAAACAAGACUGGAUAGAUUUGAAUCCUGAGACUUUCUCGGCGAUGAAAAGGCUCAGGAUAUUUAUAAAUCGCAAUGCACGUUUUUCAAGAGAGCCUAAUUAUCUCUCCAACGAAUUAAGAAUACUUGAUUGGCGUAGUUAUCCUGGUUAUUCUUUCCCGCAAAACUUUAAUGGAGAGAAACUCGUCGUUUUAAAAAUGUAUGAAAGCUUGUUCAAAGAAUUGGGAGACGGAUUGAAGAGUUUCCAGAAUUUGAAAAUUAUGAGAUUCUCUAAAUGUAAAUUCCUAACAAAGAUUCCUGAUAUGUCAGGACUCCAUACUCUAGAGGAUUUGAACAUUGAGUAUUGCAAUAACUUAGUUGAGGUACAUCAAUCUAUUGGCUUCCUUGAUAAACUCGUCAACUUGUCAAUUGUCAAUUGCCAUAGCCUUACUAGAUUUCCAAAAUCACUCAAGUUGAGAUCUCUAAAACACCUUCGUCUUUCUUGUUGCGGAAGGCUGGAGAAGUUUCCUGAAAUUGACAGUGAAAUGAAACGUUUGACAUUUGUUUCACUAGAGGACAUGACUGCUAUAGAAGAAUUGCCUUCAUCUAUUGGGAAUCUUACUAGCCUUGAGUAUUUAGUUAUAAACGGAUGCUACAAAUUAAGCUGGCAUCUCCUUAACAGCAUUUCUCAGUUGCAACAUCUAUGUGGGCUUAGUUUCAGUUGCUGGUCACAUGAAACGCAAAGUCCCUUUAUACCCUCCUCAAUAUAUAUAGCGUUUCCGGACCUGGAAUCUUUGUCUCUUUCCACACGGACACUAUCAAAAAUAGAUCAUUUUAGUCUGUCAAUUGGUCGCUAUUCCACAUUGAAAACUUUAAAUAUAUGUGAAAGCAAUAAUGUUAUCCUUCCUAAGUGGCUCAAAAGAUUUGUUGGAUUACGGGAGCUUGAGUUGUCAUAUUGCGAACAACUUAAGGAAAUCUCAGAACUUCCUCCAAAUAUAGAAAUCCUAGACGCUCGUGGAUGCAGGUCAUUGGAGAUUUUUCCUGAGGUAUCAAAGAAGUUUGAAUUCAAUACAAGCAGCUUACGUAACCUACGUUUGGUUAACUUGAGUGGAUGCCAUAACAUGGUUGUAAAUCCAAUACGGUUUGAGGAAAAUCUAGAGGACCAGGAUGCAGAUUGUAGCCUUACAUUUUCGGGAAAUAAGAUUCCAGAUUGGGACUACCAUUGCAAGCUAGAGAUUCCAAAUAGUUAUGUAUGUGAUGGGAUAAAUGUUAAUUUGGUGUAUUCAGAUGAGAUUAAAGGAUUCAUCGCAUGUGCUGCUGUUCAGUCCGAUCCCUCCCAAGGGUUUUCCAUCACUAAUCCUAUGCAUGUCAAGAUAUACUAUAAUGGUGUAUAUCAGUAUGACAAGUAUAUAACAUGUUUUACAUGGGACUCUGAUGAUUUAUUGUUGUAUUACCACAAACUAGAUCAUGUAGAGCAUUUCAAAUCAGUGGGAGGAAUUCUGCAACUUAAGUUUCAAAUCAGAGGUAGAGUUCUAAUUAGAAGUUUUGGAAUUCGUGUGGUACGCAAGCAGAAGGAGACCAAUACAUUGCAAGAUGUUACAAGUUGGAGUCCCUGUGUUAACAUCCAGCCUUCUUCAGAAACAAGAAUUAUUGAAUUAUAUCCAGAAAGCAACGAGGAGAAUCCAAAUGUAGUUUUGGAACUUGGGGCUCCGUUUAGUAGAGAAGCAUGA